GUUGGCGAUGAUGGUGUCUCCACGCGUCUCCUACUGUCGACACACACACACACGGUGGCUGUGACAGGCGACACGCACGCGCUUCCCACACGUGCAGCAAUCGACCAACCAGGGUUUAGACAACUUUGACAACUCUCCGCCGUGACGGCCACGUAGUGGCAACGGCGCGGCUACAGUGGAUGGCAGCAGGCAACUUUGCUUGGUAUAAAUCAGCGCCUCGGGCCUGAAUUCCAACCUCUUUACCCUUGAGAUUUCUCAACAAGUCCAUGCUGCUCUGGUCUCGUUCUGCAGACUUGAUUGCGAAGUCUUUUUUUUUUUGAGGGAGUACAUUUGUGAUCUCGCCAGGCCUCGCGAGAGUUUUGGAGACUACAAAAGCACAGGCUGGUAAAGUUCGAGGUGAUUAUUUCCUGGCAUGCGGCACACAGUAGGAGCAACCAAAGACUGGACACAGAAAUAAACAUGGAUGUCUAAUGAUGGCCGAUGUCUUGAGGACUGACUACAACAACAAUGACUACAAGGCUAGCUUUAGACUACGAGCAGGUCAUUACCCACCUUCCCUUACUCAUCGACAACCAGACGCGGCUCUGGAAUAUGACAGAGAAUUUCACGGAUGGACAGCACGAACAAGUAGAAUAUUACAAGGAUGCCCAGAUCGGCUUCCUGGUGGUGCUGUUGAUUCUGAUCGCGGCGGGCAACGCCAUUGUUCUCACUGCCAUCUCCCUGUCUCGCGAGAGGCGGCGAUCUCGCAUGAACUUCUUCAUCAUGCACCUGGCUGUGUGUGAUCUCCUGACAGGACCUCUAGUAGUGCUGUCCGAUCUGAUCCACAAGCUGACCAUCUGGUAUGCUGGGGAUGCCAUGUGUAGAAUACACAAGUUCACUCAGAUGUCCAUCAUGUAUGCGUCGACUUACAUGCUGGUGGCCCUGAGUGUGGACAGACUGGAUGCUGUGGCACGUCCCAUGCAGUUCAGCGGCAGCUGGUGUCGGGCAAAGAUUUUGGUCAUCACAGCCUGGGUAUUCUCAUUUCUCUUCGCUAUUCCUGGCCUUGUUUUGUUCCGGGUGGACAGUCAGUACGGAGGUCCUAUGUGUAUAAUUGACCUUCAGGAACCGUGGCAGUGGCAGACUUACCUCACCCUGAUUGCCCUCGCGCUCUUUGUGGUGCCCGCAUUCAUCAUUUGCAUCUGCUACGUUAUCAUCAUCGUCAUCAUCUGGAGGAGCAGCCAUCUUCUGCGUCACAGUGAGAGCUCCAGGCAUCGAGGCAAACACAGAGACGACGAGCUGCUUAACGGAAGGUCCAGUCCUCAGGCGGAAGUCAGCCGCACCAGCUCAAGGGGCAUAAUCCCUCAGGCCAAGAUCAGAACCAUCAAGAUGACGUUUAUCAUCGUCCUAGUUUUCAUCAUCUGCUGGAGCCCCUACUUUAUCUUCAACCUGUGCGGGGUGUACGGUCUAGUUCCUAACACAGUCGAGUGGCAAAAGUUUUCUACCUUCAUCCAGAGCCUGGCGCCCCUCAACUCCGCCGCUAACCCAGUCAUCUACGGCAUCUUUAGUACGAGAAUAUGUAAAAACCUCAGACGGACCUGUGUGCUUCGCAAGAUAUCGGACCAUAUCUGUCAGUGUUGCAACGAAGAGUCGCCAAGACAGACAUCGGCUACCGACUACACCAGUAUGACGGAGAACGACGAAAUCCGGCUGACCUCUGACCCGCGCGGUGGCAGCCCCUCUAGCGCCAGGGUACCGUACGUCAAGCAGAGACUGAGCGAAGCCGACAAAGCCCUCCUCUCACAACACGUCCGCACCCGGUCCGAGGAGGUGUAACCGAGUCAUGUGAGUGGCUAACCCUGCCCAGGCGGACUCUAGGUGUGGUCUUCGUCAAAUCUUCUGAUCAGGAACCGUGUGACUGGACCGAACAAAGCAAGUCUGAACGCCAAGGUUGUUUUCUAGCUUUUAACAAGAGAACACCUGCAGGAAAGACAUACAUGAUGCUUCUGGAAGGAUGUUGCACAAAUGUAGUGCAAGCGCCGGGUUUGGUAGUAAAAAAUCAUUUCCAGCUUGUUUACCAGUACUGUGCUUGUCUUCAAAGAAGCGACUUAAUGGUCGAGGCGCAGACAGCGUAGGAGUUAAUAUUUCCCGUUUCAACAUGGACGAUGACCUAAUGGUGGUGGUGGUGGACGGGAAGACGGGGGCUGCAACUUCGGAGUAAGUUUAAAAAGACAAAACUUUUAACUUUUAGAAGAUAUAAUUGUGAAAGCUAUUUCUCAGAAUCCGAGAAUAGGAAGAAAAAUAACAAUGGAGGGGUAGGGGGACAAAGAACAGCAUUCCUGUCGGUAACACAGAAAACAUUGAUCUGCCCUGAAGCAAGAUGGAGUUGCCACUGAACUCUGAAGCUGUAACUGCGUUAAAAGAAAAUUUGGAAUGCGGAGGACAAUCCUUUGGCUGUGUCUUGUCUUUACAUCUGACAUUGCUUUUUUCAUGUUGUGUUGACUUUAGGAGAGAUACCUGCAUAAACACGAUGUUUGUAACGCCCACACUCCCACCCACCCGACUCCCACACACAAACUCUCACCCCAGCACAUACCCUUGGGUGCAUGACAAACACUCGGUCAGCGAGCAGGUGUGAUGAGAGCAGAGACUGGAGACAGAGCAGACGUGUAAACCUUUUCCGUUGUGUUCGUUCGCCUGUACACGUCCCUAGCAAACUGAACGCCAAUCUCUCCCUCAGGUCAGCCUUAACGGUGGCUGUGACCCUGAUGACGUCAUGUCUUCAGGCUCUUACGUCACACCCAUCAUCCUUUUCACAUUUCAUCUCAGUGUCGACCUCGCUGGCGCAGUUUGUUACAUUGCUACAAUGUCUGUGACAGGACUGUCAGAAUGACAAUGUUAGGAAUCAUGUGACAUGUUCAGUAGAGUGACUUUAUGACAAAGCCUGUGGCACAGGAUGCCUUUGCGGUUAACAUGGGCUGUUACUCCUCCAUUUCAAAACAUUACCCCACCUUUCCCCUGGAAAAAAAUUGUACCUUGAUUGGGUCAGCAGGAGGUCACAACCUAAGCACACUGUGCAAUAACAUCAAACACACAUAUAUAUAUAUUAGCGAGAAGAAAAAAUACAUAUAAUCAAAGAUAAUUAUUAACUAUAUUUUAUUUCGCCUCUCUAACCUUGCCUCUGGGAGUUGGCCUUGGAAUCAUCACCAAACGAUCAGGUCAUGCACUCAAAGCACACCUGAGAAUAAGUGAGAAGUACUUCUCAGUUAAGUUUAUAUAGGGAACAUUGUGUGUUUGGUGUCCUGAGAGUUUGACUAAUAUAUAUUUUGUGACCAUACUGUUUUCUCGCUUCUUUUUACAGUAUAUAUUUUACAACUACAAUUUAACAAAAAUUGAAUAUAUAUAUUAUUCGGCACACUUUUUUUUUAAAAAUCAGUGGUGAUUGUACAUGUAGACGUAGGUGCAGCAAAACAGACGACCACCAUAAGAACAAAAAAGAGACAGAAGACUGACAGAGAGGCAUGCAGAAAAAAGAUAAAUAACAAAAUGUUUUACUUGACGUUGUUUAUAAAUCGACUCUGCUUCUUAAUUUUAUUGUUAUUGUGCCUGAUUGAGCUGCUAAGCAAGAACACAGCUUAGCAAGCUCCCGUUUAAAAUCAUUAUCACUUAUGUCCUAUGUAUGACUUCUAUGUCUGGAAUCAUUACCAUUUAUCUGUCUUGUCAACAAAUCAUCGUUUGGUUAUGACUUUGUAAUCUCAAUGGGCAACGCGAGACUUGAACGUAGACUUACAAUCGGGGGAAUCAACAUGGCUUCCAAAUUACACACUAGCUGCUUCUAUCAUGCAGCAGCAUUUAUUUAAUUACUAAAUAAAUUAGCAAGAUUGUGAUUCACUGCAUGAUCCAACAGAUAGCACACAGGCUUGUCACACUUGCCGUAUUUUAAAGGCGUACUGUGGAACUAACUUUGCUACCAUGGCUACCACGCAUGAUACUUCUUCAAAGACCGGCAAUGGCCAUUCUAGUUACCUAUGUAAUCAUCCCCGGAUAAGUUCAAAAGAUUGAAGCACGGUGGACUAAAUGACUAGGAGAAAAGAUUCUUGUGAAAGGUCUGUCUGGUGUGGCGAACACGGACCGAAGGAGGCCCGAGAUUUCGUUAAAGAUUAAUGCGCGAAGAGCGAAGAGUCCCGCAUAUUAUGGGAUGUUCAAUAGUACGGACUUCUGGCUCGCUAACGUGGUGGUGGGAUAUCGACAGAUGUCACAGAAUAGAAGAAAAGGCAUUGACUAUUGUGGCGUGCGUGAUUGUCUUUCGAACUGGAAAAAAGAAAGAAAGAAAAAAAGAGAAAGAAGGAUUUGACUGAGUGGAAGAGGAGAUAACGUGAGAACAGAUCGAAUAAUUUCCGUGGGAGGCUACAGGGCCAGUUGAAGGCUGCAAGCCAUAAGAUAUAAAAAAACCCGGUAUUUGUAAUUGGCUAGAAUUACCUUUUCCUGUCUGAAGAAAAGCGUUACAGACAGAUGAACAUCUUCACUGCAUAGCUUCUGGAGUUUAAUUUCUGUUCCUUUUGAUCAUCAAUUGUGAAUAAUAUUUCAGGAAUCUAGAAUUUUUCAUCUCGGGUGAGAAAUGAAAGCAACAGAUUUAACGGGGAAAAUUACUUUUGUAAAAUAUUUGUUAAGAUUACAUCAAACAAGACAAAAAUAAAUUCAACAUUUCAACCAGCAUCUCAACUUGCUCGAACCUUAAGAUCAAACGCUCGGCUAUUAGGAUGACAAAGUAUGGAACAACUUGCAAAAAUAAUAAAUUAAAUGAAACCAAGCACAAAUAAUCACUAAAAAUACUACAAUUUUGUUUUUUUUAUAUUAAUAAUACUUAGAAAAAACAUACUUGACACUAUAUGACAACGGAGAUUAUCUUUAUAAAGCUUCCUCGACAACUGAGCAAAUAUUUUGUGAAACUCUUGCGGCAUCUACAAGAAUAAUUUAAAAGCCAAGGCUAAUUAAAAAAGAAAUAAAAUAAACUUUUAAAAGAA